AUGCGGACUCCAGUACGAGCAGCGAUAGCCAUUACGCUGGUGAUAACGCUGUUGGUGAAAUUUCACCUGGAUUCCAUUUCGCAAUGGCAAAAUGAUCAGAUCGAUCUAACGAACACCAUGAGAGAUCUCUACAUGAAUGGGGAUGCAUAUAUCGAGCUGGUCUCGGCGCCUACGCCUACGCCCACUGCACAGGCCCCAACUCGAAGGAAAUGGACGCCUAUGACCCGACCAACGCCCCUCACAGUGACACCCGAGUAUGAACCAAAGCGUGUACCCGUCGAUGUCCCCGGUGCCUACAGCUCUGGUCGAGACCCGUUCUGGAGAACUAGAAAGCCGCAAAAAUUGACUGAGUUCCAAAAAAUACAUGUCGACCUACUCAGUCCGAUAGGGCGUGGGGAGGCGCAACCGAGAGAGCCUUCGUCUACUGCACCGUCUCGCCCGAAGGUCACUCCGAAAACGGAUCGCACCAUCAUUUUGGGCAAGAUGUCGUAUGAGAAUACGGAUUGGCUUGAAGACGGGCUGCCCGAAUGGCAACACGCAGUGUACACCGUCGACAAUCCCGAAGCGCCUCUCUCGGUUGAACGAAAUAAAGGCAAAGAGAGCAAUGCCUAUUUACAAUAUAUUCUGGAUAAUUACGACAAAUUGCCUGAGUACAUGGUCUUCCUCCAUGCUCAUCAAUUCAGCAACCACGUUGAGUUUUGGGAGCAGGAUAAUGUAUUGACUGUCCAAAAACUACAACUCGACUAUCUCCGACAAGCUGGAUAUGCCAACCUGCGUUGCGACUGGGGUCCCGGAUGUCCCGACGAAGUCCAGCCCUUUCGGCAAGCGGCUGGUCGCACGACCGAGCUUGCCUUUGCGGGCGCUUGGAUCCGGAUCUUCAACAACACGAACGUUCCCGAGACUGUUGCUGCACCUUGCUGUGCUCAGUUCGCUGUGACCAAGGAUCAGGUUCUCCAGCGACCGCGAAGCGACUAUGAAUGGUAUCAUCAUUGGCUUAUGACGACCGAAUUGGAUGAUGAAACGAGCGGUCGUGUCUUUGAGUACUUGUGGCAUAUCAUUUUCGGGCAGGAUCCCGUGUUUUGCCCUACCAAGGUACAAUGUUACAAGAAUGUAUAUGACAUGGAUUAUGAACCACCAAUUGAGGAAUUCUUAGGGGAUGCCUUCUGGGAGGAUUGGAUGGAUAAGAUACCCUAG